UUUUCGUAUUGAAAACCACUUCAGAGUCGCUAAGACUUCUCACUCAAGACUCAACUCUUUUGGGAUUCACUUCAUGUCAUAUAAUAUCCAGUUUUGUGACUCAAUAAACACUACAUAUGUCUAUAUUUCUCGUCGAAACCUCUUAGUUCCCGACCUCUUAAGACGCUCCGAACACCCGGUGAUAGUGGAAGUGCUGCUAAACCCUAAGAAC